GGUAACACUGAAUUACUGAUAGUAGUGGAUAGUAUUGUAUUUAUUCGGAUGGUUAACAAGAAUUUUCGCUACUGAAAUACUGAAUUCUGAUUUAGUUCUCUCAACUCUUGCAAGAGCUUAUUUUUUUGAAUUCUAAAUAUUAAAUAAAACGGCUGCUAUAGAAUAAUAUACCGCACAAUGAAGACAGCAGUGACUGUGCUCCAAGAGAUGAUGGUGAAGAUGACCCAGACUCCCGACUAUGAAUGUAUUUCACAGUCGGGACCAGAGCACCAGGCUAUGUUUGAGUACCGGUGUGCAGCACUGGGAGCUGUGGUAACAGCACAAGCGCGGUCUAAGAAGGAGGCAAAACAAGAGGCUGCCCGCCUCAUGCUACGUGCGCUUGCUGCCCGAGGACACCUCAUACCGCCGCCCUAUGGUCUGCAUGAUGUGUCUCACUCAGGACUGGCCUCGGGUGUAACAGAGACAACGGCGAUGACGAGUACGGGAGAGACAAGCGUAGGAGGCGGGUCGCGCAGUUACGUGGCGCUGUUAAAAGAACUGUGCACAGAGUAUAAAUUGCCCGGAGCCGAGUACGAGCUGGUGGGGGACACGGGACCUCCUCACAUGCGACAUUUUACAAUGGCGGCGCGCGUUGGACAGCGACAACGCCUCGCCACUGCUACUACAAAGAAAGCAGCGCGACAGCUAGCCGCUGAACAAUUAUAUACGUACCUCAGGGAGAACCUGGCACGGCUCACGGCAGACUUCGUCGAGGAAGAUGCGCUAGUGCGAGCACACGAGAAGGCGAUGGAGCGGUACUUAGAAACGCGCGAAGACACACGACGACCAGACCUCGGUCAAAAAAUCGCCGAUUACCAUCUAGGUUUGGUCAAUCAUAUCGACGCGGACAGGUGUGAGGAAUCUUUGCGAAUGUUGGAGUCUGGCACGGGGGACGGAGUGGAGGAGUUGGAAAGCGCGUUGAGUACGUUAGGGCUGAGCGUGCAGGCGAGCACACUGGCUCGUACGGACGGUGGUGACCUGCACGUGCUCACCGUAGACGCUAACCCUCAAAUGUCCUUUGCCGGUACGAGCCCGCAACGAGCUCGCGUGGCGGCACUUCGAUACCUCCGCCGUGCUCUUAAACAACACCCAUCUGCUACUGACGUGCGACCACCCACCGGUUAAAUAGGCGACUUGCCACUACUUAGAUCGGAGCAUGCAGUAACAGAUUGUCCGCCGAACGCAACCUCGACUAUGCGGCUUUGUGACACAAGAACAUCCGAUCUCUGUGGAACCACUAUUAAACUAAUUCGAGGGGUAAAAAAUAAUUAUUUUUAGCCGGAAGAUAAGCUAUUCUUCGCAGUGGUUGAUUUAAGUAUAUGUCCGCUGGUAUGCUACUAAAGUUCAAUAGAUACAUUUCAUCGCCAUAAAAGUUUAACAACGACUGCUCUUGAGGUCAUAGUAAGUGCACAGUUACGAUCUGUAAAUUGGCACUCAUCUAAUAUACUUGAUAUAGAAGAAAGUCUUGAUAUAAAAAAGAGAACUUGUUAGGUGCAUGAAAUAUUGAAACCU